CCAAAUCCAUGGCGAAGUGGAGGAAACCCUAGCUCUGGAAAAGAGGAACCGAGAACUAGUAGAAACCUAGGUUUAUCUCCUCGUUCUCUUCGGAGGCACCAUAUUGAAGUCGAGAUGGGGAAGAAGCAGCACAGCAAGGAUCGGAUGUUCAUCACGAAGACGGAGUGGGCGACCGAGUGGGGCGGCGCCAAAUCCAAGGAGACGUCCACGCCCUUCAAGCGCUUGCCUUUCUACUGCUGUUCGCUUACUUUUACGCCAUUUGAAGACCCUGUGUGCACGGCUGAUGGGAGUGUAUUCGAUAUAAUGAAUAUACUUCCUUAUAUUAAGAAAUACGGCAAGCAUCCGGUCACCGGAGCUCCUCUCAAGCAAGAACAUCUCAUUCCCCUCACGUUCCACAAGAAUUCUGAUGGGGAGUACCAUUGUCCUGUUUUGAACAAAGUUUUUACGGAAUUUACUCAUAUAGUUGCUGUGAAAACUACAGGAAAUGUAUUUUCUUUUGAGGCUAUUAAAGAACUAAACUUGAAAACCAAAAAUUGGAAAGAGUUACUUACAGAUGAGCCUUUCACUAAAGAUGACUUGAUAACAAUUCAGAAUCCAAAUGCACUUGAUAGCAAGGCACUAUUGGAAUUUGAUCAUGUUAAAAACAGUCUUGAACUUGAUGAUGAAGACUUGAGGAGAAUGAAAGAAGAUCCAUUAUAUAAUAUAAAUAUAUCUGGUGAUAUCAAGCAAAUGCUGCAGGAGCUUGGGACUGAGAAGGGAAAGCUAGCUGCACUUCAUGGUGGAGGUGGGAGCAAAGCACAGAAUGAAAGAGCUGCUGCACUUGCUGCUAUUUUAGCUGCAAGAACUCGUGUCAAAGAGGACUCCAAGUCCAGUGCAAAUGGAGAGUCUAAAUCCACUCAAGGAUUCAGUAUUGUAGAUGCAGCAUCUGCUGCAGUUCAUGGAAGAAGUGCAGCAGCAGCCAAAGCAUCAUCUGGCAAUAAGACUGCAGCUCAGAUUGCUCUACACAUGGCAGGUGAAAGAACACCUGUAAAUGCAAAACUUGUAAAAAGCCGUUUUACUACAGGGGCUGCUUCACGUUCUUUCACAUCUACUGCUUAUGAUCCUGUGACAGAAAACGAAUUCGAAUAUGUCAAAGUUGAAAAGAAUCCGAAAAAGAAAGGAUAUGUUCAAUUGCAUACAACCCACGGAGACUUGAAUCUGGAACUGCAUUGUGAUUUAACUCCACGGACGUGCGAAAACUUCAUCACGCUCUGUGAAAAUGGUUAUUAUAAUGGUGUUGCUUUCCAUCGAAACAUUAGGAACUUCAUGAUUCAAGGUGGGGACCCCACUGGCACAGGGAAAGGAGGGCAGUCCAUUUGGGGUAAACCUUUCAAGGAUGAGCUAAAUUCAAAAUUGCUGCAUUCAGGAAGGGGUGUUGUUAGCAUGGCAAACAGUGGUCCCCAUACCAAUGGUUCCCAGUUUUUUAUUCUUUACAAGUCUGCAAAUCAUCUGAACUUUAAACAUACAAUAUUUGGUAUGGUUGUUGGUGGUUUGACCACUCUUGGAGCAAUGGAGAAGGUUCCUGUUGACGAUGAUGACCGGCCCUUGGAGGAGAUAAAGAUAACAGGUGCCUCAGUUUUCGUGAAUCCUUACACAGAACCAGAUGAAGAGGGACAUCAGGCAGAAGAGGAGAAGAAAGCUACUGAUGAUGAUAGGGAUAAGGUGGGUGCAUGGUUUAGCAACCCAGGCACCGGUACUGGUUCUUUUGGUGUGGGUGGCGGAGUGGGCAAGUACCUGAAAGCAAGGCCUAGUGGAACUGACAGCACAGCUGGAAAUGGUGUGGGAACAGAUGACUCGAGCAAGAAGAGGAAAGUAGAGGUCAAAAGUGUAGAAUAUAAAAAUUUUUCUGGCUGGUAA